AUGCCCACCCAGGAAUUCUUCAAUCACGUCCCUCCAUUCCCCUCCGAUAUCCCCACCGCAGACAUACCGUUAAUAUCAUUCAAAGACCUCGCAAAUGCAAGCACCACCGAGUCAAAGAAACUAUUCCAAGCCUGUCGAGAACUCGGACUAUUUUCUCUCGACCUUCGAAACUCCGGCACAGGAGAACAAUUACUCAAAGAUACAGAGACGCUGAUGAAUCUCACCACCACUACCCUAAGCCUAGAUCGGCAAAUCCUGGAUAAAUUCGCUUAUAACCCUCCUCACAACAUCGCAGGAUACAAACGCUCCGGCAAACUCCGCACCGCGGACGGCAAGCUAGACAGCAUGGAAACAUACAGCAUAAGCCAAGACGACAUGGUAGGCAACGUCCCUCCACGCGAGAACCCCGAGCCCAUCGAACGCCACCGUACCGAAUGCCGGGCCUUUUUCGAGCACGCCCGUACUACACUCGAAGUCAUCUACGCCCACCUCGAGGAGAACCUGGGCAUCCCGCCUAACACAUUAGCUGAACGCAGCGCCCUAAACAAACAGUCUGAUACUUUUGCACGACUACUUGUCAAUUGGCCUCAGACAAAGAACACUACUAUCUCUGAGAGCAAAGAGCCCCAGGUAACGCUAGGUGGUCACGCCGAUAUGGGCGCCCUGACAAUGCUGUUCAAUGUCUCGGGUGGGCUCCAGAUUCUGCCAAAGGGGAAGGAGAAUGUGAGCGAGAAUUGGGAGUAUGUUCGUCCGAGACCGGGGUGUGCGCUGAUUAAUGUGGGUGAUUCUCUGAUGAAGUGGACGGGAGGUGUGCUGCAUAGUGCUUUUCAUCGUGUUGUGACGGCCCCUGGGGAGCAGGGAAGUGUGGCGCGUCAGAGCGUGGCGUUGCUUACGAGGCCGGAUCGGUCUGUUACUAUGCAGAGGAUUAAGGGGAGUGCGGUGAUUCCGCCAUUGAAGGAGGGGGAGGUUGAUGAUGAACGGUCCGCGAGUGACUGGAUAAUCUGGAAGAUCACAAAGGGGGAGUUGAGGGUGCAGACGGCGGAGGAGAAGCGGGUGGCUGCUACUGCUUGA